CUCAAAUCAACUCGUAAAGAAAUAAAUUAUGGGCAAAUCUUCCAAAGAUCGUCGUGAUAUAUACUACAGAAAAGCUAAAGAAGAAGGUUGGCGUGCCAGAAGUGCUUUUAAACUCUUACAACUUGAUUUAAAGUACAAUUUAUUGGAAAAUGUAACAAAAGUCGUGGACUUGUGUGCAGCACCCGGAAGUUGGAGCCAAGUGCUGUCACAAAGAUUAUGCAUCGAGAACAAAAAUGCUCGGAUAGUAGCAGUUGACCUUCAACCUAUGGCCCCUCUUCCGGGAGUUGUUCAAAUACAAGGCGAUAUCACAAAAUCAUCAACAGUCGAAAAUAUUCUCAUACAUUUAGAUGAACAUAAGGCAGAUCUUGUUGUAUGUGAUGGUGCACCUGAUGUGAUUGGCCUACAUUCGAUGGAUGUUUACAUUCAAGGACAGUUGAUAAUAAGCGCUUUAAAAAUAGCGCGUAAUGUUUUAAGGGAUGGGGGAAAUUUUGUAGCAAAGUUGUAUCGUGGGAAAAAUAAUCAUUGUCUAACAAAUCAACUAAAAAAGUUGUUUACUUAUGUUGAAGUAGCUAAACCGAAGUGUUCACGAAAUUCAAGCAUCGAGGCCUUUGUUGUUUGCUUGGGCUAUAUUCCAAACGAAUGUAAGAUAGAAAAUCUGCAAUGGUUUGGAGAUGAACCAAAGAACACGGUUCGUUUCAGCAUUUGUGGUGAGGAGGAUGCGUUUGAUUCCGAUAGCACUUAUCCUUUACAGUUGGAAGGUGAAGAGGAAUAUAGGUACAGAGAACCUGUUCAAGCACCAAUUGCCCCUCCCUACUAUUUUGUACCUUCUGGAACUGGUUCACUGACAAGAUAAUAAGAAUUUCUUAAUACUUUUGUAUAUUGUUAAAGUACCAUAGUAUUAUAUUCAGAAAUCAUAUGUCUGUUGUAAAUUAAACAUAAAGCACAUAGUAUUAUUAUUUUUAAA